CUCAAAGCAAACAAAGAAAGCUAUAAAUCAACGUCAUGGUAACAAUAUAUCUUUUCAAUGACACUCUGGACUCUGGAGAGCUGCAUACAAUAAUAAAUAAUAAAUCAAAUAAAAAAAAAAAAGUAAUAAAAAAAGUCAAAGUAAAUCUGACUUUCAACUCAGAAUUAUAAAUAAAAAGUACUUUCAUAUAAUAAUAGCAAGUUAUUGGCUGACUUGGCGUCAACCUUCCCCCGUUUAGCACACACCAUGUGACACUGGCUUACAGUUUAACCUCUCUUUUCUCUCUCUUGUCUCAUCACUCCUUUAUAUUUUUCUCUCGUUCUGUUCACUGAAGGCCUGUCCUACCCUGCCUGUGAUUGGCUGACAUUCUUUCCCUCACCUUGACCAAUCUCAGUCCUCAUGCCUAAACCCAACCAACUGAAACCCACAAAUGUUCUGGCCAAUCAGACAAAGGAUUUCAUAAUUGGGGUCACAGAAAUGGGAGGAAGAUGCAUCCUGAAAGAAAGCUUCAGCAGGAACCCUGUGAUUUCUCUGGCCUCUGCAACGGCGUAUCAAUCUAUCAACGAGAUGAGUGCAGGAGCCAAAAAACACAACCUUUAAGUAGACACUUGACAUGAUUUUACCUGCCAGAAUGCCUGUUUCAAUCAACAAAUGGAGUGUUUUGUAAGUGUCCAAGUGAUCUUACCCUGCUUUUGACCUGGACUCUGCAACAGAUGGGCACUAAGAUGUAUGUUUGCUCAUGAAUGAAAAUGGAUGGCAAAUGAUGGAGAGGAGAGAUCAUUGGAAAUCAUUUUUGGAUGAAAGUAAUUAAGAACAUAUAUAAUAUGCUUUUGUAAUAUGAACACAAUUUUCUUUGGAUUAUCGUGUAGUCCAAAAAGACAACAGAGAACUGAAACAGAUGUUUCAGCCUCUGAAGUUAAAGAAAUCUCAUUGAGGGUUUAUUUGAACACACAUUCCUGAGAUUCAAUAUCUAUAUUCUAAGAUAAAUGAGUCUUACUACAGAACUCGCUGAACCCUUCAUGACUGAACAAAAUGUAACAAUGAUUCAUUAGUUAGCAUUUAAAAUACUGUAGCUCGAGUGAAGUCAUACAGUUUACAUUACCAAGACCAAGUUAGGGCUUCCUUCAUUUUUCUAUAGCUCCAUUGGCUAGCAUCAGUCAAACUUUAAGAUCGCACCACAUAUUGACUAAAGUGACCAUGGAUUUCAAUGGGAGCCAGGACUAUGGGUCGUAUCCAACAGGGCUGCCCUAUAACACAAGCAUGGACUAUGAUGACUACUACCAGGAGCCCGAUGCCAGUAAAAUCAUCAUCCCAUCCAUCUAUGCUCUUGUCUGCUGUGUAGGUCUUACUGGCAAUGCUAUGGUCAUCUAUGUCAUUCUGAAAUAUGCCAAAAUGAAAACGGCCACUAACAUCUACAUUCUCAAUUUAGCAAUCGCUGAUGAGUUGUUCAUGUUAAGUGUUCCUUUUCUGGCCACAUCAGCUGCUGUUCGUCAUUGGCCCUUCGGGUCACUGAUGUGUAGGUUGGUGCUGAGUGUUGAUGGUAUCAAUAUGUUUACAUCAAUCUUCUGCCUGACUGUACUUAGUGUGGACCGUUAUGUAGCAGUGGUCCACCCAAUCAAGGCUGCCCGCUACCGCAGACCCACUGUAGCCAAAGUAGUCAAUGUGUGUGUAUGGGGCCUGUCACUCAUAGUCAUCCUGCCCAUCAUUAUCUUUGCAGACACUGUCCCUGCACAGGACGGUGGCAUGGAUUGUAACUUUUUAUGGCCUGAAGCAGCAUGGUCAGAAGCAUUUGUGGUCUAUACCUUCCUUUUGGGGUUUCUGCUGCCUGUUGGAGCUAUCUGCCUGUGCUACUGUCUAAUGGUGGCCAGGAUGCGAGCAGUGGGGCUAAAGGCAGGCUGGCUUCAACGACGCCGCUCAGAGAAGAAGAUCACCCGCAUGGUGCUGCUAGUUGUGGCAGUGUUUGUUCUCUGCUGGAUGCCUUUCUACAUCGUCCAGCUGAUCAGCGUUUUCCACCGUCCCCCAGACCCCAUGGUCACUCAGCUUUUUGUCAUCCUCAGCUAUGCCAACAGUGGCGCCAAUCCCAUCCUGUAUGGCUUUGUGUCCGACAAUUUUCGGCGCUCAUUUCAGCGCAUUGUGUGUUUCCGGUGGCUGGAGUCUGGGCUGGAUGCGGAGCAGGUGGAUUACUGCGCUGUAGCUUUGAAGAGACAAGCAACAUGUAACCCUCUGGAUUUUCCCAAGGACUGUAUGGCUUCUGAUAUGGUUUUUCGCAAUGGGACAUAUACCUCCCGUACAACCACAGUGUAACAUUCAACCAGAGCAGGACCUGACAUGACGGAGGAGCCACAAUCUAUAUAUUUUUCAACCUUAUGGUGGCACAGACAUUAAUAUUUAAUUUGGAUUGAUAUACAUAUGAUAAAAAAAUACCAAUGGUUUGAACUAUCAUCCUUUUAAUGUAAUGAUAUUCCCUUUAGUGCACGUGUGCCAUGUAAAAACUUCCUUGACAAACUUAAUUAACUUAACUUGUCAUGGAUCAUGAGGAUUUGGGGACAUGUGCCACCAAGUUGGGGAAACCCUGAGAAAAAGUUGAUGGAUGGGCAAAUGUACAGUACAACAGUACUGUCAGCUGUCUGACAUGUUGGAAGAAAAACUGACAAUGAAAAAGAUGUAUAUAACUGUAAAGAUCCCAGUAGUUUUCAAGUGGACAAGGCUGAAUGUACGCACAAAAUGGUUAUGUUCUAUUUGAAUUCUGGAAUGUGACCAGUCCUAGACAUAAAGAGCUGUUAAGGAACACAAGAAGACAAGGAGCUAUACGCACAAUGUGAAAUAUCAUGUUCAUUUGUCAGAAUGUAAUUCUUUAUCACAUACAUUCAAGCAAAACAUUCAAUGGUACCCUUAAAAUCACCAAAUUCUGCAGUUUACACACGUCUUAAUAAAUGAAACUGAAAUUAAUUUAAAAUUCAAAAGACAACUUAAAUAAUUAGAAAAAAACACAAAACAUUGUAAAUUGUCAAAUAACACUGAGGGCAGAGGAGGAAUUACCUGUAUUACGCUGGCUCACAUGGCAAAGUCUGAAACUCAACAUUGCUUAUCAAACUGCAGAUUUUCAAAUUAAAAGCCUUCACUACUACUGCCAACACAUCAUUACAUUAUUUCAGUUAAUCAUUUACACACUGCUCUUUAAAAAACAACAACUUUUGGAUAGAUUGAUUUGUAUUUUUUGUACACAAUUAGUACUAUUUUAAAAUUUACAAAAGCUUUAAAUGAAAAGAACGUUGUGUAGAACUUAGUGGUAGUAACCCUUUUAUUUCAUCCUCCAUCCUGGUGUGUCCGUACCUAGAGCCAGUGUUUAGUUUGUCCAUCCUGGGCUACUUUAGAAACAUGUUCAACGAGUGUCUUAACAUUUGAUUCUAACAUGUUUGUGAUCAUGAUUUUGAUUUUCAGGUGAUUAAACAC